CGUCCCCUUUCAUUUUACUGCGUUUUCAGUCUCUUUACAACAGUCAAGUUCAGUCUUCCGGAUCCCAACGGAUAACUCGUAUUCGUGCGAUUUAUCAUCGUGAAACUAAAAAGGUGAAAACCAAAUUCAGCGAUGCUGCUUAGGAGUUUGAUACUAUUUUGCCUUGCGAUCGGCACAUUUGCUGCCGAGGAAGACGUCCUCGAAUUGAGUGACGAUGAUUUCUCCCACGAAUUGGAACGCCAUGAAAAUACACUUGUCAUGUUCUACGCUCCCUGGUGUGGACAUUGCAAGCAUCUGAAACCAGAAUAUGCCAAAGCAGCUGAGUUGCUCAAAGGCAACGACCCACCAAUUACAUUGGCAAAGGUCGACUGUACAGAGGCAGGAAAAUCAACUUGCAACAAAUAUUCAGUCAGCGGAUAUCCAACUUUGAAAAUAUUCUCAAAGAAUGAACUGGUUACUGAUUACAAUGGACCUAGGGAAGCAGCUGGUAUCGCUAAACACAUGAGAGGUCAAGUUGGUCCAGCUUCUAAAGAGCUGACCGGUGAAGACUGCCAGAAGGCAUUCUUAGAUUCAGACGAUGUUGGGGUGAUCGGAUACUUUGAGAAAGAUGACUCUGCACUGUCAGCUGCAUUCCACACAGUAGCCAAGAAAUUGAGGGAGAAAGUCCGAUUUGCACACACAAUUGCCAAAGAACUGAUCGAAAAGGAAGGCUUAAAGAAUGGCAUCAUUCUCUACCGCCCCAAGAAUUUACACAACAAGUUUGAACCGAGCAGUGUUAAAUACGAAGGUGGAGAUUCCAUUGCUGAUGUCAAUGAUUUCAUCACCAAAAAUUACUUUGGUAUUGCUGGUGUGCGAACUCGUGAUAACGCUGCAGAGUUCAAGAACCCCUUGGUUGUAGCCUACUACAAUGUUGACUAUGUAAAGAAUGCAAAGGGCACGAAUUACUGGCGUAAUAGGAUACUGAAGGUCGCCAAGGAGUACCCAAACCUGAACUUUGCCAUAGCUUCAAAGGAUGAUUUUCAACAUGAACUCAACGAGUACGGAAUCGACUUUGCCAAAGGAGAUAAGCCGAUCAUCCUAGCCCGAGAUGCAAAGAAUCAGAAAUUCAGCAUGAGUGACGAAUUCUCUGUAGAAAACUUCAACGCUUUCUUGAAAGAUCUUGAAGCAGGAGUCCUCGAACCCUAUUUGAAGUCUGAGCCAAUUCCCGAAGACAACAGCGGAAACGUGAAAGUCGCUGUAGCUAAGAACUUCGAUGAAGUUGUGAACAACAACGGCAAGGAUACUCUGAUCGAGUUCUACGCUCCUUGGUGCGGUCACUGCAAGAAACUGGCUCCAAUUUUCGAUGAUUUGGGUGAUAAGCUUGCAGAUGAAGAUGUGGAAAUUGUCAAAUUUGACGCGUCAAACAAUGAUGUACCCUCUCCAUAUGAGGUGAAAGGUUUCCCAACGCUUUUCUGGGCCGCAAAGGACUCCAAAGAUGCACCGGUGAAAUAUGAUGGAGGCAGGGAAGUUGACGACUUCAUAAAAUACAUAGCCAAACAGGCAACCAACGAGCUCAAGGGCUACGACAGAAAGGGCAAAGCCAAGAGAGCUCCGACCGACGAACUUUAAGCUUGCCCGUUAAAUCAACAACAAUAUUUUCAGGUGCGUUGAGGUUUCGUUGAAACUGAAUGCAAUCCAAAUCAAUCAUAAGUAAUGAAAUACCAUCAAACAUUUUGGAGAAUUGUUCGAAUCUUAUGGUAUAAUAAUUGAGAGUCAACCGUUCAAGCAUAAGCUGGAUGCAGAAUGAUGCAUGGAAAAUCAAAGAACUAUUCCAUGAAAGAAAGGUCGAGCUUAUCGACUACCAACUUAGAGUUGGGUUACGAAAAUGAUCUAAUUUGUAAUUGCAUGCAAGUGCGACAAAAAUUACUUUGAGAGUUAGUCUCACCGCGCAUAGGUAAUCGUAGAAUCAAUUUAAGUGCUUUCCAUCUCUCAUGUCUAUUGAUUUAAGACUAUUAAUACAAUCUAACAGUCCGUACAUAUCCAGAUUUGCGAAUAUCUUUUGAAUGAUAGAUACCACCCUGGUAAUAAAAGCAUGAGACAAAAACGUAUCAUCAUACGAUGAAACACGUAAACACUUGACAACUUAAUUUAAUAUUGUAAUCUCAGACCAAAGGGUAACAAGAUCACUGAUUCGCUUCGAUUUUAUCAUCGGAGAAUUUUAAUUGUCAUUCCAAACUCACAGGACGUAUGCAUAAUUGCACUUUAUUGGAUCUGCGAAAUGAGUCUAUGAAUAAUUACCACGAAACAAUUUUUCGUUAAGAAUUUCAUUAUAAAAAUCACGCGUAAUUAAAAAAAUUGUUUUAUAUCAUUCAUCAAUAGGAGAAAUGCAAUUAUUUGAUGUCUGAGUAAUAUGAUAACGAUAAUAUUGAUGAAAUAAAUAAAAUUUUUGUAAAGAACAGUA